AUGCCAUCUCACUUCGAUACUUUGCAAUUGCACGCUGGUCAAGAAAAGACUGCUGAUGCUCAUAACCCAAGAGCCGUCCCAAUUUACGCUACCACUUCUUACGUCUUCAACGACUCUAAGCAUGGUGCUCAAUUGUUCGGUUUAGAAACUCCAGGUUACAUUUACUCUCGUAUUAUGAACCCUACUCUAGACGUCUUGGAAAAGAGAUUGGCAGCCUUAGAAGGUGGUAUUGCUGCUUUGGCUACUUCUUCUGGCCAAGCUGCUCAAACCUUGGCUGUCACUGGUUUGGCCCACACUGGUGACAAUAUUGUCUCUACCUCUUUCUUAUACGGUGGUACUUAUAACCAAUUCAAGGUUGCCUUCAAGAGAUUAGGAAUUGAAGCUAGAUUUGUCGAUGGUGACAAGCCAGAAGACUUCGAAAAGUUGUUCGAUGAAAAGACUAAGGCUCUCUAUCUGGAAUCUAUCGGUAAUCCUAAGUACAAUGUCCCAGACUUCGAAAAGAUUGUUGCUGUUGCUCAUAAGCAUGGUAUCCCAGUUGUUGUUGACAACACUUUCGGUGCCGGUGGUUUCUUCUGCCAACCUAUCAAAUACGGUGCUGAUAUCGUUACUCACUCUGCUACCAAGUGGAUCGGUGGUCAUGGUGUCACCGUUGGUGGUGUCAUCAUUGACUCUGGUAAGUUCCCAUGGAAGGAUUACCCGGAAAAGUUCCCUCAAUUCUCUCAGCCAUCUGAAGGUUAUCAUGGUUUGAUCUUCAAUGAUGCCUUUGGUCCAGCUGCUUUCAUUGGUCAUGUAAGAACCGAAUUGCUAAGAGAUUUAGGUCCAGUGUUGAGUCCAUUCGCUGGUUUCUUGUUGUUACAGGGUCUUGAAACUUUGUCUCUAAGAGGUGAAAGACACGGUUCCAACGCUUUGAAGUUGGCUCAAUACUUGGAAAGUUCUCCAUACGUUUCAUGGGUCUCUUACCCAGGUUUGCCAUCUCACUCUCACCACGAAAACGCUAAGAAAUACUUGGAAAAUGGUUUCGGUGGUGUUUUAUCCUUCGGUGUCAAAGAUUUGCCUAACGCUUCCGAGGAAUCUGAUCCAUUCAAGGCUUCUGGUGCCCAAGUUGUUGACAACUUGAAGCUGGCUUCUAACUUGGCAAACGUUGGUGACUCCAAGACCUUGGUCAUUGCUCCAUACUUCACUACACAUCAACAAUUGACCGACGAAGAAAAGUUAGCUUCUGGUGUUACCAAGGACUUGAUCCGUGUUUCUGUUGGUACUGAAUUCAUUGACGACAUUAUUGCUGACUUUGAAGCAUCUUUCGCUACUGUCUUCAAUGGCCAAAAACCUGAAUAA